UGGUGGUCUGGGCGGUAGGGGUGUCCUGCCCCCGCCAUGGAGGGCAUGGACGUAGACCUGGACCCGGAGCUGAUGCAGAAGUUCAGCUGCCUGGGCACCACGGACAAGGACGUACUCAUCUCCGAGUUCCAGCGGCUGCUCGGCUUCCAGCUCAACCCGGCCGGCUGCGCUUUCUUCCUGGACAUGACCAACUGGAACCUGCAAGCAGCUAUUGGAGCCUACUAUGAUUUUGAGAGUCCAAACAUCAGCGUGCCCUCUAUGUCCUUUGUUGAGGAUGUUACCAUAGGAGAAGGGGAAUCGAUACCUCCUGACACCCAAUUUACAAAAACGUGGCGGAUACAAAACUCCGGAGCAGAGGCCUGGCCACCAGGGGUUUGUCUUAAGUAUGUUGGGGGAGACCAAUUUGGACAUGUGAACAUGGUGAUGGUGAGAUCGUUAGAACCCCAAGAGAUGGCAGAUGUCAGCGUCCAGAUGUGCAGUCCCAGCAUAGCAGGAAUGUAUCAGGGACAGUGGCGUAUGUGCACUGCUACAGGACUCUACUAUGGAGAUGUCAUCUGGGUGAUCCUCAGUGUGGAGGUGGGAGGACUUUUAGGAGUAACGCAGCAGCUGUCAUCCUUUGAAACCGAGUUCAACACACAACCGCACCGCAAGGUAGAAGGAAACUUUAACCCAUUCGCCUCUCCGCAGAAGAACAGGCAACCAGAUGAAAACAACCUAAAAGACCCUGGGGGUUCCGGGCUAGGCUCUAUCAGCAAAAACACAUGGGCUCCUGCUCCUGACCAAAUUGAACAAGAUCAAAACGGACUGUCACAAAACUCUGUAAAUCUCUCCCCCAGCAGUCACUCAAACAACUUAUCGGUAGUGACUUACAGUAAGGGGUUCCACGGCCCUUAUCCUUUUGGACAGUCUUAAAAUGGGUAUCAUCAUGAAGAGAAAUUUACAAAGAAGGAUUGACUUUGGGUAGGGAGGGCAAGGGGUUCCUUUGGAUUCCAGACAACACAAUAUGGACCUCUGGCUCUGACUCCACAUCCUGGAUGAAGAGGAAUCUGAACAGACUGGUUUCAAGUAAACUCUGUGUGCAUGUGGGAAUGCUGAUCGAGGCUACAGAGAAGGAAUCCUCACGGUCAAGCUGUGUUAUGGGAAGGGGGGAGGGGCUUUCUUUUUCUUUUUUUUUAAGCUAACACAAGUAAUUAGAUUGCUCAGGUGGGGGAAAAGGUUUAGAAAUGGGAGAGAAAAAAAGCCAUCUUUUUAAACAAAACUUAUUUUGCCUAUAGAGAGGCUGUUGUUUUGAGAAAAUGUUAAGUUGUUUUUGAUUUUUUUUUCCCACCCCCCCUUCUCUCCCUGUCCUCCAACCUCAUUUUUAAAGAACAAGGGGCAGCGUGUGUGGCUUUGGAUUGGCUAUUGUACUCCUUGCUCUGAGCAGGGCAGAUUGGAAAGCUCAAGUGAAACAUGUGUUUUGGGAGUCCGUGUGUCAUUGCAGCAAGUGUUUUAUCUGUUUAAUGUGAGGUUAGAGCAGGUGCUGACCUUGUGUUUUGAAUGGCAUCAGCCAUUUAAUUGUCACUCUUCCCCCCUUUUAAUCUUGUUGAUUUACCCUUUUGGCAUUUGAAUUAACUGACCUGUGGCUCUUUGUCACCAAAAAACCUCUCUGAAGACCACUCUUUCCCCAUGUCUUCAACAGAGGAGGCCUCUGGAACAGGCCUCAGAUGGUGGAGGUCUUUUUAUUCAUCUGAAGGUAUCCCUGGCACACACGCACACUCUGAAAUCUGUAACAAGGAACAAAAUUGCUUUUCUUCCACAUUUCUCUUAUUAUAGAGAAAUAUUGUCCACAGGUGAGAUUCUGUUUAGGGUUUUUCAUGCAUUGACUUUCAAUAACAGGGGAUAGACUACAUGCCCUUAUGUUCUUCUCCCCCCUCCCCAAAAAAAGAAAGUGUGUAUGUUUCGUGGUGUAAUUCACCAGCUAGUGUGUAGUGUGUAAGUUUUAAGGUGUCAUAUAUUUCUCUGUUUUCACCAAAUUUCCUCCCUCAAGUCCUCCUUUGUGAUGUGUUCACAGCCAGCCUGUGGAGGCUGAGCUGCUGCUGUCUGGAAAUAUUGAAACUAGAGCCGGAAGUGUAAUCAGCCAUAGGGGAGAGCCACAUUCAGUCACUUCUCAGUCUUAGAGGCCACAUUAGUCUGGAAACGAGAGGUCCUCUGGGCAGGGUGCUUUGUAGAAGUGGCUGGGAACUAGGGUUAAUGGGCAGG